UGCCUUUUCUCUUCAUAUUCACAGCCAUCAUGACUGACAGGAAGGCAGUAAUAAAGAACGCUGAUAUGUCUGAGGACAUGCAGCAGGAUGCAGUGGAUUGUGCCACGCAGGCCAUGGAGAAGUACAACAUUGAGAAGGACAUUGCAGCAUAUAUCAAAAAGGAGUUCGAUAAGAAGUAUAAUCCGACAUGGCAUUGUAUUGUGGGACGGAACUUUGGCAGUUAUGUGACGCACGAAACUAAGCAUUUCAUCUACUUUUACUUGGGUCAAGUGGCCAUUCUGCUCUUCAAAUCGGGCUGAGGGAACAGCUGUCGUUCAUGAAAGUUGGACAUCAACUCCAAACCUGGACUGUGACGCACUGAUGGCUUGAGCCACACUCUACAUAAACACACACACUCUUACAUUCUCUCCCAUAUACACAUUCAUGAAUUUAGCUAUAGAGGCUGUGCAUAAAUGCAUGGACCGUGUAUAUUAUUUAAUUUGUAUAUGUU